GUAAUGUAGCCAAAAUAGAUCAGGGAAUGCAAAGUUCCCUGCGUUUGUAGCAACAAGUACCAGAGUCUCGAGGCUUCAGACUCUAGUUGGCUUCUGGUAUAGCAGUGGUGCAAUGUGAAAGAGCUCCCUGGGCGCUUCGCUCGUAGAAACUUCAGGAGACAGUGAAAACAGGAAGUUGGUCUCCUCUGCCCACCUCUAGGGCCCUCCUCCCUAUGCUCUAUGGGAUGAAACUUCCUGUAAGGGAUUCCAUCUUGUAACGGAUGUUUGAAGCCUGCUGUCUGUCGUCUUUCUCGGCAGCUCUCUUCAGUUUUUCAGCUCUAGACCACACAGAAGAACACAAUAAGGACAUUCGUGACGGGAAACUUGAGGACCUACCAUGGAAGAGAGAGUGAAGACUGAGGAAUGAAACGUAAUUUGUCUCAGAUCACUCAGCCUAAGAAGGGCAAGACGGGCGCAGUUCUGAAACUAACCCCUUGCGAAGAAGAAUGAGAUGCAGGCGUAUUUUCCAACAGAGAUUUCUUAACUCGCCUGCUCACGUCAGUGAUACAGUGCAUACUUCAUUUUAUCAGCAGCCAGCCAUGAGUAAUCCUCCCAUGCAUACCCGAAGAUACACUCCAUAUGGCAUUCCAUCCCGUUAUCAGAGAGUCAGUGUACAGAAAUGGAACCAAACGGAUGUUAACAUGGAGGGAGGGUCAAAACCUCCAGAGAGAAAAAUGCAGAGGGACAAACAAGAUGAUACUUCAGAGAACUGGUUCAAGGUCACAAUUCCCUUUGGCAUAAAAUAUGAUAAGAAGUGGCUGCUGAAUUUGAUCCAGAGCCAGUGCAGCAUCCCUUUCACUCCGGUGCAGUUUCACUAUGAAAAGAUGCAGGCCCAUUUUUUUGUUGACAAUCCCAACAUUGCCUUUAUGCUGAAGGCCAUCAGUGACAAGAUUCUAGAUGAGACUGAUAAUAAGAUAUCAAUCUUCAUCAGCCCCUGUGAUGAACCCCACUCAGUGACAGAGCUGAAGUUAGAAAAGAUGGAUCACACAAUGCUGACUACAAACCAACAAUGUGCUACUUCUCAGCGAGUUCUUAACCGGCAGAGACUUCCCUUUGACCAAGAUUUGAUGACCCGUCCUACUGACUUGGCACUGGUUCCUAGAAGGUAUAUGACUCCUUCCUUGAGUAUCCAUAAAGAGGAUAUGACCCAGGUGAACUCUGAAGGGGAGGUGGCCAAGGUGCACGCCCCGGAUCUAGAAAAGAUAUGUGCAGACCAAAGCUCUCUGAGUACUACCAUGCCGGAUAAGUCCAGUAAUAUAAAUUCAAUUCUGGAAUUGUUCCCCAAGUUACUAAGCCUGGAUGGACAAGAAUCACAUAAACCAACUCUCUGUGGUCCUGAAGAUCACAAGACCUUAUCAGCUUGCAAGGAAAUUUUUUUUGGAUCAGAAUCCAUAAAGACAAUGGUCCUACAGUUCCUGAAGCAGUAUUACUUCAUCUAUGACAAUGGAGAUCGGCAGGGACUCCUCAAUGCUUAUCAUCCUGAGGCUUGCUUCACACUGACCAUCCCCUUCAGUUCCAUUGACUUAUCCAUGAACAGCUUGUGUGAGUACUUCAAGUUUAGCAGAAAUAUGAAAAUUCUCAAGGAUCCUUAUAUGCGGAGGCAGCUGCUGAAGCACAAGAAAUGUGACAUUAUUCACUUCCUUCGUACAUUGCCCAAAACUCAACAUGACCUCACCUCCUUUGUGGUGGACAUAUGUUUGCAGACAGAAAAGAUGCUCUGCUUCUCUGUUAGUGGGUUGUUCAAGGAAGUGGACAACAGCGCUCAAGGGUGCAUGCAUGCCUUCACUCGGAUUUUUGUUGUUACCCAUGACAACAGUUCAGAACUCUGUAUCAUCAAUGACAAGCUGUCUGUGACUAAUGUCCACGAGGUUCCCAGUGCCUCCACCCCUGUGGCCACAUCGUCUACCAGUUAUUUGCCUUCAUUCUCUCAAGAUCAACAGGAGAUGGUGCCAACAUUCUGUGCCCAGUCUGGGGUGAAUGUUGACAGGUCUCAAAAAUCCCUUCAUGAUGACCAGUGGAAUUACAACAGAGCUAUACAAAGCCUUGCUUUGCUCAAGGUAGAGGACACGAUCUCAGAGGAUAAGUUCACACAGACAGAUCCAAGAUCCUAAGAAUAGCACACCAAGAAGAAAUUCCUAGGUGUCACUAUCUUAUUUCUUCAAACCUCUGCUGAGAUUUUGUUCUAGUACAAACAUGUAAACAAACUGGGAUGUCUAGUUUCAUCCUGGAAGCUGAAGCCUAUCUGGUAGAGCCGACUCAAAUUGUUCUGUGUAUUUGUCACAUAUUUAAGGAUCCACGCUUCUUAUAUUUUCUUUUAUUAUAAGUUUUAUUAAUUUUGUUGAGCAUUCCCCAUUUUUAUAAUAUAUUCUGGUCACUCUCACCCCUCACCAUGUCACAUCUCCUUCCUACCCCUGUCCAACCUCCCUCUUCCCUAUAAGUCCUUGUCUCAUACUUACUUGUUUUGUUUUGCAUUGUGACCCACUGAGGAUAAACAGGGCCACCUAUGUGACCAUGUGUUUGGAACUAUCAAUUGAGAUACCUGUGGGUACAUAACUAAAGAUAGUGACUAUCUUUCCCCUAGAAUCCUUCAGUAGCCAAUAGUUUAGCAGAGAGGGAUAGGACCCUCACUCUGUGGUUGACUAAUGAAAGACUUAGUCUUGUGCAGGCCCAGUGGAGGCAGUCUCACUUGCUGUAAGAUUGCAAUAAUUGUAUCAUGCUCUGGAGAUACUAUUGAUGUUGCUGGUUAUGUUAAAUACCUUCAACAUCCACUGGUGCAAGCCCGUAUUAUGAGAAUGAGGAUCUCCAAGGUAGGACUGCUGUACAUACCGAAGUCCUAGACUCAACCAUAGGGUACAGUCCUGCUACUGUAGGCUAUAUAGUUUCAUACGUUGAACAUCCUUUCUAACCCUGUUAAAACUGAGUCCUAUGUGCCUAAAGUAUUAAUCCAGUAUUUCGUGCAGAUAAUAUUCUUUCAUUAGCUGUAAACAUUUAUUCACAAUUAAAAGCAGCAUAAUUUGUAGGAAAUAUUAUUACAGGACACAUAAAAGCCUGUGACAAAAGACAGUCCCCAUAUAUAUGAUUGUCUUACUAUAACAAUCCUUGGUAUGAACAAAUAAGAGUAAGGAAACUGUUAUUGACUUUGUACUUAUAUUGAAAGCAGUAACAUCCAGGAAACUUAGGAAAAUAUGUUCAACUAAAAGUACAAACGUUGCCGCAAACACUGAGAUAAUUUAGAAAAGGAAAAUAAAGAUUAUUACUUUAAGAAAAAGGAACAUUUGUGUUUAUAUGUAUGCCUACAUAAGUGUGUAUAUGUAUUUGGAUGCUUUGUCUAAAGAUUUUUAAAAACAUACUGCAGUUUGGGUGGUUUAAACCUACAAAAUUUUGUUUUCUUAUAAUCUGGAGGUCAUAAAUCCAAACCAAAGUGUUAAAAAGACCAUAUAUACCUUGUAUAAUCCUCUCUUCAAAGUUUUCAGUUGGCAUAACAUUAUUAGGUUUUACUAUAACAUAUGUUUACUAGACAAUCCUCUCCUCCCCACUCCUCCACUCACUUGGACAUUUUCCUAUCCCCAGUGAUCUCAGUUUUGUUUCUAUGUCACAAGUAUUUUAUCAUGCUGACCUCUUCUUCAAUAUUUUUUUCCCCUCUCAUGGUUCCAUUUCCAGCUUGACAGUUUAUACACACACAUACUCUACACACACACAGCCACACACAUCAAAAGCUAUGACUCACAUAUGAAAGAGAAACAUAAAGUAUUUGUCUAUUUGAGUCUGUUUUAUUUCAUUUAAUGAUCUCCAGUUGCAUUCAUUUUAGUGUAAAUGUCAGGCUCUUUUAAAUAUCCAAUUAUGUUGUC